CCCAGUCAGCGCGCGAGAGCGAGCGAGCGAGAGAGAGACAGAAAAAUUACUGUCCCACCAACCAACCUCCGCCCCUGCAGUCAUGCCCCACUCUGGAUUUCACUGUCAAGCCUCUUAAGAGAGAAUACAGUCUGAUUUAGCCUUCAUUAAGACCGGUGGUAUUUAACGUGAAAGCGAUAAACGCCGACACUUCCGUGGUUCAGAGGAUCUGUUUGCUGGCGUGCCUGCCUGCGUGUAUAUGUAUAUAUGGGAGUGAACUGGAGAAGGCGAGGAGAAGAAGAAGAAGAGGAGUACACACAGUGCAUUGCUCCGUCUUGGUACCUUAACCCAGGGCCGCAGCUGGGGUUAGAGGGGCCCUGGUGCAGGUUUGAUUCAUCUAGAGGCACUCAGUGGGAGGAGCCAUGACCGAGGGGGAGGGGCAGUUCUACAGCGUUCAGGUGGGUGAUUCCACCUUUACGGUCCUCAGAAGGUACCAGCAGCUCUGCGCCAUUGGAUCCGGUGCCCAGGGUAUCGUCUGCUCCGCUUUGGACACCGUACUUGGCAUCCCAGUCGCUGUGAAGAAGCUGAGCCGGCCCUUUCAGAACCAGACCCAUGCGAAGAGGGCUUACAGAGAGCUGGUUCUGCUCAAGUGUGUUAAUCACAAGAAUAUCAUCCGUUUGCUUAAUGUCUUCACACCCCAGAAGUCAUUGGAAGAGUUUCAGGAUCUGUACUUGGUAAUGGAACUGAUGGAUGCUAGCCUUUGUCAGGUGAUCCACAUGGACCUGGACCAUGAGAGGAUGUCUUACCUGCUCUACCAGAUCCUGUGUGGCAUCAGACAUCUCCACUCAGUUGGCAUCAUUCACAGGGAUCUGAAGCCUAGUAACAUCGUAGUGAAGUCUGACUGCACCCUAAAGAUCUUAGACUUUGGGCUGGCCAGAACCGCCUGCACUAACUUCAUGAUGACACCCUAUGUAGUAACCAGAUACUACAGAGCACCAGAGGUCAUCUUGGGAAUGAGAUACAAGGAGAAUGUGGAUAUCUGGUCGGUGGGCUGCAUCAUGGGUGAGAUGGUUAAAGGAAGUGUCAUAUUCCAGGGCACUGAUCAUAUUGACCAGUGGAAUAAAGUGAUUGAGAUUUUGGGAACCCCCUCGCUGGAGUUUAUGAACCGUUUGAUGGAGACCGUAAGGAACUAUGUAAUGAACAAACCCCAGUUUCCUGGAGUCAGCUUUAAUGAGCUUUUUCCCGAUUGGGCCUUCCCUUCAGAGACAGAGCAUGACAAGAUCAAAACUAGUCAAGCACGAGACCUGCUGUCAAAGAUGCUGGUAAUCGACCCUGAAAGCCGCAUCUCUGUGCAGGAGGCCCUCAAUCACCCUUACAUCCGUGUGUGGUACGACCCAGCCGAGGCCGAUGCGCCUCCUCCGCAGAUAUCAGACAAGCAGUUGGAGGAGCGGGAACACAGCAUUGAGCAGUGGAAAGAGUUGAUUUAUAAAGAAGUAAUGGACUGGGAGGAGAGGAACAAGAAUGGAGUGCUGAAAGAGGAGUGUUUAGUAGACAGUACUGUGAACAGCAGCACCACUGCCUCCCAGUCAUCCUCUAUUAACGACAUCUCGUCCAUGUCAACGGAGCAGACUUUGGCCUCAGACACCGACAGCUCCUGCAUCGACACCCUCACAGGACCAUUAGAGGAGUGACUUGAGUGGCUUCAACAUCCCCCGUCUUCUCGCUUAUGUCACAUCCCUCUCCAUCACCUGUGUGGGCCAUGCCGUGGUCUUGACUGAAGCCAACAGGGGGUGCACGUUCAUUCAGCUUCAAGUUUACCCUCGUAAUCCUUCACUCUUGCUUUUAAGGGGCUGUUUUCUCUCGCUUGUAUCAGACAUUUGUGUAAUAUUAGCUCUUAGACAAGUCUGUUGUGGCUAAAGCUCAGUUACACACCAACAGCAAAAUCUAAAAUCUUUAUUAUUCUUUUCUUUUAUGUUUGACUGCAUCUUCACAGUCUUAGUUUUACAUUAAAAAAAACUGUUCCUAAAUGGGCAAAUAAUAAAUAAUAGGUUUAUGAUUUAAUGCAUUCACAUUUCACUUCAUAUCUAAAAAUAAGUCUAGUGGCGUUAUUGCAGCAGCAUGUGUAAUAUCUGGAUUUAUCCCUGUCAUUUAUGUCCUCUCUCUCUCUGUGCGAUGUAGCUUUUAUUACCGUUCAUUUCAUCACCUAAAAGAAGCACAGAUAUAAAUUCUUGGACAACUUUAUAGCUAGUCAGUCCCUUUGGAAUGAGUUCCUGUUAUAAGUAUUGCUGCAUGAUAUUAACAAAGAACACUUACUAGACAACUAUUGUAACUACAGAUCACUGAAAUAUGCCUAAACACACCUAGAAACAGAACUAUAGUGCCUGCCUCUGUACAUAGUCACCAUACACCCAUUUUAAAAGAGAACCUAAUGAUGCUUUUCAGUUUGUUAGGGUAUAGUCGUGUAUAUAUACGUACAUAGAUUUUGUGUAAAUGUUCAGUUUGUCUUUCUUUGUGCUGUGUGGAAAGAAUUUUACAGCUUCUGAAUAUGCUUUAGCAUUUGUACUUUAAAACAAACUAUGUGAAUGGGACUUGAAAUUGAUUUAAAAAGAAAAUUGCACAGACGUUUAAAAGUGAGAAUACUGUUUAAAAAAGAAAAAGAACAAUAAGAACAAAAACUUCUAGAUAUCCAAUGGAAAACUUUGGAUGCAACAUCCUAAUCAAGGCCCCUAUUCCUUAUUCCAAGAAUAAUUAAUCACACCGCUGACAAGAUCGUGAUUUAUCUCAUAAGAUUGUACAUUUAAUUGCAUGAGCUAAUGCAAACCAUUGCCUUUUUUAAUCUCCUCCAACUUGAAAAGCCCAUAAGAAUGUACAACGCAAAUUUAUUUCCUUUCCUUUUUUUAUUUUAUUUUUUAUAGCUGAUUUGUCAGCUGAUUUUUAUUUCUUCAGUUUCCUCUUCUUAAAGAUGUCCUCUCAGUAAAACACUGACAGAUUUUCAAGUAUGUGUGAAUUAUCAAGGCCAUAUCAUUUCAUUUCCUUUAUACAUGUCUCUACAUCCUUAGUUUAAUGUUUGCAGACUUGCGAUUCAGUGACAUACUGUGGGUAACCAUCUGCUUAGAGACCUGUUUUGGACUGUGUGAUUCUUUAACAGUGGUAUUCAUGAUGGAAACCCACCGUUUCAUCAGUUUACUCAGCCUCUCUGCAUUCUUUUCCCUCCAGUGUUGUAGAUAUGUAUGAUGAAGUGUCCUGUACUCUACGUUAAUUUUUAUGCAUGAUAACACAAGCCCUCUUCAUCCCAGACUUGAGGUCAUUGCAGAAACCUGUCUUCUGGUUGUAAAUGAUUGGAAAGCCUCUGGAGGAUAAUAUAAAUGCAUUGAGUUUGUGAGCCUCCAAGCUCUUCUGACAGACUGAAAUGGGAAUAUCAGUAGGUAGAUCCUUCACUGAUGGACAGGACUGGAGGAUGAACUUAGCAUCACCAUAAUUUUCAUGCCUAAAGCUUCUCACUAUCAGUGUCUCUACAGCUUGGUUUGGAGAUCACAAAAUUAUUGAUGGUAAUGUACAGUACCUACUAUCAAGUUCUUUUUUUUUAGCAGGCUGGGUUGUUUGCUACCCAUGCUACUUUGUCCGUUUUCUCAAACAUCACAUUUCCUGCUCUGCUUGAGCUUGUGAGAUUUCUUUUGGUGCUUCACCUUGCUGUAAGGCACAGUGAUAAUAUAUUACACAAUAGUGCAUUGUGUUCCAUUCUAAUUUCUGAGCCUCAUGCAAAUUAGUUUUGCUGUCGUGGACUCAUUGAUUCCUGUUAUGAACACUCGUGAUGGACCUCUGCAGCACUGAGACCUUCAAGAUGACGAAACAAAGCUGGCUCACACUUUCUCAAGGGCUUACUUUCUCUUCUUUUAGGUGUCUGUUUCCCAUGGGGGAGAGGGUGCGUGUUUGUGAAUGUUAACGGUGUUUUUGUCACUGACAAUCUGUCACCAGGGGUGGAAUCAGUAAUGACUUGAAGAAUUAUUCACAUUUAAGAUAUUAAUUUACUUCUCAGACUAUCUUCAUAAAGGCCAGUUCACACUGCACUAUGAGAUUCUGACAGCCAACCUAUUACAGUAUGUCACUUCUCAGACAUUCCACCCUCCGACAAACGCAGAUUUAAUAUGUUCAGUUGGUGAAAAAGCACUGGCCAACCUAAACAGACACCAACAGGGGUAACACACUGAUCUGACAAAACCAGACAAACGUGUCUGGGAGUCAUGUCUUGUCGGUGCAGAGUGAGUUGGUCUUAAGAAAACAAGUUCUCAUGUUCAGCAAUCAAAUCCUGUAAAAGGAAUAGAUAUCAAACUGCUCCGUGCUAGUAAUGUCUGUUUAGCUAUCACGUGUUUUGUAUUGUGCUACAUAUGGGUGCCCUGUCAGUGGACUAUGAUGAGAGUUACCCAAAUCAAAAACCUGCCUGAAACAUAUGCAAAACCUUAAAUUAUCCUCCAUCUACAAAAACAGAGUGAGACUUCUUUUCUCUGUGUAAAAAAUAAAGGUUACAUCUGUUACAACUGGCCAAAUAAAAAGCUCAAAGUA